AGUAGAAAAGAGUAAAAUGAAGAGAAAGAGGUUUGCUUCUUCUUCCUUCCAUUUCCACUCGAUGUUCAGCUGCCCAAGCUAAGCUCGGAUCUCAAUCCAGCUUCGGUAUCCCAGCAGCUUCAGCGUCUGACAGUUUUUGGAUUUGUUUUUUCUUUCCUUAUUUAGGGUAGUGGGAGCUUGAUGUCUAAAUUGUUGCUCAAGUACUGCUUUAAUUAGAAAGGAGAUGAGUUACACGAGCACUGACAGUGACCAUAAUGAGUCACCAGUUGCUGAUGAUAAUGGAAGUGACUGCAGAAGUAGAUGGGAAGGUCAUGCUCUGAAGAAAGGGCCAUGGAGUUCUGCUGAAGAUGAUAUUCUUAUUGACUAUGUGAAUAAGCAUGGUGAAGGUAACUGGAAUGCUGUGCAGAGACAUACGGGCUUGUUUCGUUGUGGUAAAAGCUGUCGUCUAAGGUGGGCUAAUCAUCUGAGGCCAAAUUUGAAGAAAGGAGCGUUUAGUCAAGAAGAAGAACAGCUUAUUCUUGAAUUGCAUGCCAAGAUGGGUAAUAGAUGGGCGCGUAUGGCUGCGCAUUUGCCUGGCCGAACGGAUAACGAGAUAAAGAAUUAUUGGAACACUCGUAUCAAGAGGCGACAACGAGCUGGUUUACCACUUUAUCCUCCUGAAAUGCAUGUUGAAGCACUAGAUUGGAGUCAAGAGUAUGCCAAGAGUAGAGUUAUGGGAGAAGAUGGAAGACAUCAAGAUUUCUUGCAGCUGGGGAGUUGUGAAUCUAAUUUCUUCUUUGAUAGUCUUAACUUUACAGACAUGGUACCUGGUGCUUUUGACCUAGCAGAUAUGACUGCCUACAAAAAUCUGGGUAAUGGUGCAAGUUCUCCUCGAUAUGAAAACUUCAUGACACCAAUAAUGCCCUCCUCGAAGCGACUUUGGGAAUCUGAAUUGUUGUAUCCUGGGUGUAGCAGUACCGUAAAGCAAGAAUUCUUGUCGCCUGAACAAUUCCAGAACACAUCUCCACAAAAGAUUUCCAAAACUUGCAGUUUCUCAGUUCCUUGUGAUGUUGAGCAUCCUCUCUAUGGAAACCGACAUUCACCUAUUAUGAUUUCAGAUAGCCAUACCCCUACGGAUGGCAUUGUUCCUUCUUCUAAGCCCUCAUAUGGGGCAGUGAAGCUGGAGCUCCCUUCAUUCCAAUAUUCAGAAACAACAUUUGACCAGUGGAAGAAAUCGUCAUCUCCUCCACACUCUCAUCUUCUUGAUCCCUUUGAUACUUACAUUCAGUCUCCACCACCACCUACGGGGAGAGAAGAGUCAGAUUUAUAUUCAAGUUUUGAUACUGGUCUGCUCGAUAUGUUGCUUCUGGAGGCCAAGAUCAGAAAUAAUACUACAAAGAACAAUUUGUACAAGAGCUGCGCUUCAACUAUUCCAUCAGCUGAUCUUGGCAAGGUUACUGUGUCCCAAACUAAAUCCGAGGAUUUUGACAAUUCCCUUAAGAGUUUGGUCCAUUCCGACAUGUCCACACAAAAUGCAGAUGGAAUUCCACCAAGGCAGAGAGAAAAAAAGCGGAAACCUCUCUUGGAUAUAACACGACCUGACGUUUUGCUUGCAUCGAGCUGGCUCGACCAUGGUUUAGGGAUUGUGAAAGAGACAGGUAGCAUGAGCGACGCACUCACGGUUCUCCUCGGCGAUGACAUAGGAAAUGACUAUAUGAAUAUGAGUGUUGGGGCAUCCUCAGGAGUUGGGUCUUGUUCUUGGAGCAACAUGCCUCCUGUCUGUCAAAUGACGGAACUACCCUAACGAGCCCGUUAAAUGCUCCACUCCAUUGGUUGUGGAUUGGAUUAGAGCCGUUCAAAAUCUGUCAAUUCUCAUGGACUAGCAACUGCCAAUGCAAGAACAAUAUCUUUUUCUUUGAGCCUUUUGUUCACAGCCGAUACUUUGUUGGCUUCUGUACCAAUAACCCAUAUCACGAUUCAUCAGGAGGAUGAAGUGGUUGAUUUUGUAGAACUGGCUUCUUUAAGGACUAUGGACUAUGGUAUACAUACAGUUGAUUUAAUUCAAUGUUAAACAGCGAAUUGUUUCGUUUAAUUUUUUUCU